AUGCAUUUCCUCAAUCUACUUCCACUACUCUCCCUCGCCUCGCUGGGAACUUCCCUCCCAAACAAUAACCAACCACGCGAACUAAAAAGCAUCACGCCCUCCACACUCUCCUCUUCUUCUGCUAUCUACUCAAACCCAACACCAACACCCUCCGCCAAGCCCCUCGGGCGCGCCGUAGUGAUAAACUUCUGCAAAAACCCAGUGUACAUCUGGUCCGUCGGGUCCACCGUUCGGCCGGAGGUGAUCCUCCCCUCCGACGGACAAUUCGCCGAGACCUUCCGGGAGGACCCCGUCGCCGGCGGGAUCGCCAUCAAGAUCAGCACCGAGCAGGAUGGACUGUAUGUUAGUGCGCCCACGACGGUGUUUGCCUAUAACUUGUCCGAGCAACAGGUGUGGUACGACCUCUCCGAUGUGUUUGGCGAUCCCUUUGCUGGAUACUCUGUACGGGUGCAGCCUGCUGAGCCGGAGCUCUACUGGGAGCAGGGCAUUCCACCGGCUGGUAGCCAGGUACGGGUGAGCGAUGCGUCUACGGAUUUGGUCCAUCUUUCGGCUACAACACCGAUCUCUCCCCGCAAUUUCUCCAACUUGGGGGUUGGCUUUCUAUCCGUCACUUCUUCGCUUCACCUCUUCUUUUGUCCCGUCCCUCUCCCGUCCCUCUCCCCCAUUUCUUUCCACGCGCGCUCUCUCUCUUUCAUUAUCAUUAUGGUCUCGCCUGCAAUUCGGGUGGCUCCCUCAGCCGCCAACCGCGCCCUAAACCUGCUGCGCACUGUGCAGUACACCCACCCGCCAACUUGUCCGUGCCACUCCAAUCCAAACCACCACCAUCACCACCAGACCCCGUCCCUGCUGAGCCAUGUGCGCCGCCACAUGGCCACACCGAUCGACCCAGCCCGGGAGAAGGAGUAUGCCUUUGAGAUGGCCGCGUCCAGCAUCCGGUUCGGGCCCGGUUCGACCAAGGAGGUCGGGAUGGAUUUCAAGAACAUGGGCGCUAAGCGCGUGUGCAUCGUCACCGACUCCACCGUCACCAAGCUUGAUGCUAUGAAGCAGGCCGUUGAGGGUCUCACCCGUGAGGGCAUUGAGUUUACCGUGUUCGACAAAGUCCGCGUCGAACCGAAGGACAGCUCGGUGAAGGAGGCGAUUGCAUUUGCUAAGCCAUACAACCCGGAUGCUUUCCUCGCUGUCGGCGGUGGAUCCGUCAUCGACACGGCCAAGCUGAUGAAUCUCUACACUGUGUUCCCCGAGGCCGACUUCCUAGACUUUGUCAAUGCACCCUUGGGCAAAGGUCUCCCUGUGACCAAGCCUCUGCGCCCGCUCGUAGCCGUGCCCACGACCGCCGGCACGGGGUCCGAGACAACAGGCACAGCAAUCUUCGACCUAGUCUCCAAGAAAGCGAAGACGGGCAUCGCCCACCGCAACCUCAAGCCCACGCUCGGAAUCUGCGACCCGCUCAACACGCGCACUAUGCCCUCAGCAGUGCACGCCUCGUCCGGCCUUGACGUGCUCUGCCACUCGCUCGAAUCCUGGACCGCAAUCCCCUACAACGAACGCACCCCGCGCCCCACAAACCCCAUCAACCGCCCAGCCUACCAAGGCGCAAACCCCAUAUCCGACAUCUUCUCCCUACAAGCCCUCCGCAGCACGGUCAAGUACCUCCCUCGCGCGGUUCGGGACCCGGACGACCACGAGGCGCAGUCGAACAUGCUCCUCGCGGCCACGCUCGCAGGUGUCGGAUUUGGCAAUGCAGGCGUGCACCUGUGCCACGGCAUGAGCUACCCGAUCUCCAGCCAGAACCCCGGCUACAAGCACAAUGGCUACGAAGUCGACUACCCGAUCAUCCCGCACGGCGUCUCCGUCGCCGUUACUGCGCCAGCCGUCUUCCGCUUCACGGCCGCCUCGAACCCAGACCGCCACUUGGCCGCCGCUGAGGCGUUCGGUAUUGAUAUCUCGAACGUGAAGCGCGAGAGUGCGGGCGAAGUUCUCGGCGCUGCGCUGGCGGAGUUCCUGCUAAAGCUGGGUGAUCAGCCGCGCGGGCUGAAGGACCUGGGGUUCAAGAACUCCGAUGUCGAGGGUCUGGUUGAGGGGACGAUUCCGCAGCAGCGCGUGCUUAUGCUUGCGCCGACGCUGAGUAAGGAGUUGGAGGCUGAAAAGGGGGAAUUGAGGAAGUUGCUUGAGGAAUCGAUGGAAUACUAG